UUUGGGAAACUUGUAGUUAAAAAUCUCUCAUAGAAGUAUAAGUAAACAUGGACACUCCUAAUGAUGAAGAUCAAACUUUAGAUAUAGACGUGGAAACUAAAUAUCCAUUGCUGCCUUUUGAGAAACAAAUUUUUAUCGAUGUUCAAGAAAAGGAUGCUUUACUAAUCAUGGCAAAAGGGAUAAAUUAUGAUAAAGUUUUAGCCAACAUUAUCUGGGUUUACAAUGAUCCUGGUAAUUUAGUUUUAGUUCUAAACAGCAGUGAUGAUGAAGAGAAGUUAUUCACAACACAAUUCAAUCUACCUUCACUUCCAAAUAUUGGUGCUGAAAGAGAAAAGACAUACUUAGAAGGAGGAGUGUUUUUUGUUUCCACUCGAAUCUUGGUGGUUGAUUUAUUAAAGAAUAGAGUACCUGUUAAUCACAUCACUGGUAUUAUUGUAUUAAGAGCACAUACAGUUUUAGAAUCAUGUCAGGAGGCAUUUGUGCUUAGAUUGUACAGACAAAAAAACAAAACAGGGUUUAUAAAAGCAUUCUCUAACUCACCAAUAUCAUUUACAUUUGGAUACAGUCAAGUUGAAAAAGUUAUGAGAGCUCUCUUUGUAACAGAACUGUUCCUAUGGCCAAGAUUUCAUGGUGUAAUAAUAAAAAGCCUUAAAAGUAGACAGGCUGAAGUUGUAGAGAUACAAAUACCUCUCUCUGCGAAGGCAGCUCAAAUUCAAAUGUGCCUCUUAGACAUAAUGAAUUACACUGUUAAACAAUUGAAAAGUAUUAACAGGACACUUGAUAUGCAGGAAAUAACAAUGGAAAAUUGUAUAACAAAAAAGUUUCAUAAAAUACUACAAUCACAACUUGACUGUAUUUGGCAUCAACUUAGCACCAGAACAAAGGAGUAUAUACAAGAUUUAAAAGUAUUAAGAAGCAUGAUUAUCAACUUGAUACAUGAUGAUCCAGUUUCGUUUUAUGCUCUAGUCAGUAAGUAUAGGACUCCGGAGUAUGCUAAAGUUAACUCUGGAUGGAUACUACUUGAUUCAGCUGACCAACUAUUUGGAGCCGCAAGAGGAAGAGUUUAUAAUAGUAGAAAUGAAUUUGAUCCAGAACAUUGUCCAAAAUGGAAAUGUUUAAGUGAUCUACUAACCCAAGAAAUACCCGAAGAAGUAAAGAAAAAAGGAAAAGGAAAAUUAUAUAGUACUAAAGUGUUAAUCCUUUGCCAAGAUAAUAAGACAUGCUGUCAAUUAAAUAACUAUCUCUUAAUGGGACCAAAUAAAUAUUUAUUGUAUACAGCAUUCAGAAGAGAUUUAACAAUAAAUACAGUUUGUUCUAAAUAUAACAAUGCAAAGAAUUCUUUGCCAGUGAAAACGGAGGUUAAACCAAAUAGCAGUUCAGCUGCUGUAGAUGAUGAAAAGAAUAAUGGAGAUGAUGAAUGUAAUAGUGAUGAGACAAUAAAAUCAAACUAUGUGCUAACAUUGAGUCAGUUACCUGUUAAGGUGGAAAAAUCUGCUGAAGAAAGUAUUUUUGAACCAUUAUCACAGUUGGACGAUUUAAACCUAACACAAAUCGAAACUGAAAAACCUUUGAUAUGCAUUCAAACAUUCAAACAAAACGGCAAUGUAUUUUCUCUGGGGGUAACAUUGGAAACAUUACGGCCUGAAUAUAUAAUUUUGUAUCACAGCGACAUGUCCGCUGUACGACAAAUAGAAUUGUUUGAAUGCAGAAAGAAAGCUGAAGAACCAAAGGCGAAGGUUUAUUUUAUUAUUCAUGAUAAAACAGUUGAGGAACAAGCAUAUCUGACAUCAUUGAAAAGGGAAAAACAGGCGUUUGAACUCCUUAUUGAAACUAAAGGUGUUAUGGUGAUACCUUCAUAUCAAGAUGGAAAAACUGAUGAAUACUUUAACCUUAAUGUUGAAUCAGAAGAAAAUGUUAUAGAUACUCGAAAAGCAGGUGGACAAACUCUGAAUAAAGAAAAACCGUUAGUCAUAGUGGACAUGAGAGAGUUUCGCUCAGAUCUUCCUUCCUUGUUGCAUAAGAAAGGUAUCAAUAUAGAACCUGUCACAAUAACUAUAGGUGACUACAUAUUGACUCCGGACAUAUGUGUGGAGCGCAAGUCCAUAUCUGACCUGAUCGGGUCUCUGAACUCUGGCCGUCUGUACACUCAGUGCACUCAAAUGUGUCGCAACUACAGCCGCCCCAUACUGCUCAUUGAGUUCGAUCAGAAGAAACCUUUCCACUUACAAGGUAGUUUCGUGGUGUCCACUGAUCUGUCAGGCGCGGAGAUACAGCAGAAGCUGCAGCUUCUCACCAUACACUUCCCCCGACUGAAGCUCGUCUGGUCCCCAAGUCCCUAUGCUACUGCUGAAUUGUUCUAUGAACUCAAGCAAGGCAGAAAGAAUCCCAACAUAGAUGAGGCUAUGGCUCUGAGCAGUGAGAACACAGCAGAUGACAUGUGGUACGAACGAUAUAACAUACUGGUACACGACUUUGUACAAAAACUUCCCGGAGUUACUUCUAAGAAUAUUACCAGAAUCAUGAACAGGGGACAAUCUUUGGACCAUCUGAUUACACUUACAAAGGAGCAAAUAACAGAGAUAGUUGAAAAUAAAGCGGAAGCAGAUUUAUUAUAUUCUAUAUUACAUGUGAAACCAAAGUCCGAUAAAAGUAAAGAAGAGAAACCAUACGGCAAGAAAAAGUUUGCAGGAAAAUUAUUCAAGAGUAAAAAAUUAGAACCGAAAUAAAACGCAAGUGUAUUA